AUGGCUGGGUCUCGACUGCUCACCCUGCCAGACGAGCUCCUCAGCCACAUCAUAAGCUACAGCAACAGCGUGACAGCCACCAUAAACAUUGGUCUUACUUGCCGUCGUCUGUAUGGCAUCAUGCAAACCUCACCGGCCUGGCGCGAACACUGCUGUCGUAACUGGGCCCGCUGGGAUGAUCAACAUGACAUCAACACCAAGUUCGAGCAGCCUGUCCUGCAGACCGACUGGUACGCUCUUUUCUGCGAGCGGAGCAAGGCCGAUCGCGAGGUGCUCCGCCUGCUCGAAGAACUUCUCACGACAAAGCGGGACAGGGUCGCGCGGAUGGGUGUAGUCGCCGCUCGUGGCGCUGACGUGGAUGAUGUUCUCCACCGUGUGGCUACUACAACGCCUGAUGAUGUUGACGAUGUGCUCGCCAGGAAGUGGCAUGCAAUGGCCAUGAUCGAGAUGAGAUACCGCCGUCAGGCUGUUGACGUGUGGUGCAGAAUGCACGCAGGAGAGAGUGUCGACCUGCUGCACGCAAUCUCUGCCUUUGACGAAUUCGUGUUGGGCCCUGGGGUCAACAUGGAGUUCAUUGAAGCCUCCCUGCGCAGGAUCAGUCUCGAAAUCGUGCAGGGAACCCAAGGUGCCUGGGAGCGGUACACGACACGUGAAAAGGCUCAUGAAAUCGCAGGCUUCUUGCGGGCCCAAAGAUAUAUUGGCCUGGAUCGAAGAACCUCCGUUCUCGAGUUAAGCAACAAUUUUCUCGCCCCAUCAGUCCUCUUUAACCCGCGCUCGGCCGCCUCUCGACCACUGCAAUCGGUCGUCAUUUUUUGCUCUAUCGCCCAGAUGCUGGGUGUGACCGCAGAGCCGAUCCUCACGCCGCGCCACGUGUACGCAGUGGUAUCAGCAGACGCCCAGACAACGCUUGAGGGGCAGAGCCGGGCAGGGCACGGCGAGACGGAUGCCUUUGAGGAUAUCAGGAUGUACAUGGACCCUUAUGACCACAGCGAGAGAGUCGAGCGCCUGGAGCUCGUCCAGCAGCUCCAGGACGUGGGCGUCUCGCCUAUGAACUAUGGUGCGCAUCUCAGCCCUGCGAGCCCACGGAACAUGGUCCUGGAAGCGGCUGGAAGCAUGCUCGUCUCAUUGCGGGGGAACAUGGACACCGUCGAGACGACAGAGGAUCUUGAGCGAGAGCCGCUGUUCGACCAUGGGCGCUGUGAGUUUGCUGCCAUGUGGGCUAGCUUCAUCUUCAGCACCGAGAACUUUGACCGCCUCGAUGCACUGCGGUCCUUGAUGGGCAUGGUGCACAACAAGUUCAGCCAGGACCUGGUUCAGUUCGAGGAGGUCAUGCCGCGCUUGGUGCAGGACUUAUAUGCGCCACAGCACUGGAGGCCACUAGAGAGGCUCGGGGUAUUGCGAGAGGACCAUGGAAAGCCGGUCAUCCCCAAGCGCCGACGAAUCUGGACGGACCUGGCGUACAAAGUUGGGACACAGUUUCGGCACAGACAUUUUGGCUACCGAGGAAUCAUCACAGGCUGGGACGAGCGAUGUACGGCAAGUCCAGAAUGGAAGGCACACAUGAACGUGGAUGGACUGUCCAAAGGCGACGACCAGCCUUUUUAUCACGUUAUAGGCGUGGAUGACAUCCAGCGGUAUGUGGCCGAGGAGAACAUCAUUCCGAUGUCGAGCCCACCCCCGAGGCGGAUGUUGAGGAUGGCGGGACGGUUCUUCAAGCGCUGGGGUGAGGUCGACCAGAGAUUCGUCAGCAAUGUGAGGGAGGAGUAUCCUGACGAUUAA